GUUUGCCUUGCUUUUUGAAUUGAGUCGCCGCAGCACUGCAUUGACAUCUCCGCGGAGCAAAUAUCUGUCAACAAAGUUACCAAGAUCCGCUUUUUUGGCUUUCGAUCGGGGUUUAACUUUAGCGAUGCUGUCACACGGGACCGCGGAUUAAUCGGAGCGGAGAUGGCGGUAGAUUUUUGAGGGAUUUUGCAACGAAAAUCUUGCUCGCGUUGGGAAUUUACCUGUUAAGUGUUAGCUUAGCCGAGUUAGCCCCAGUGCUAGUUUACGUUGACUGGGGAGGAGACACAUUUUUCUUCGUUAAAUAUCUCCGUUUUUUUCUCUAUAAAGGGGGGAUAACCUGUAUACGUUUGGCUUGGACAGUUGGGAGCAGGCCGGGGUUGGAGCCAUGGCUGACAGCAGUAUCGUGACGUUGGGGAUGGCCCGCAGUCUGCUGGUGGAUUCUUCUGUGUAUGACUCGCGAAUCGCUGAAACCACCAGGGAUCAUGCCUUUCUGGGCAUGGCCUGUGAAGACGCGGAAGAGAUGCUUCUUCCUAAAGUGGAGACCAGGGUAGUUCUGGUGGGAGAAGCUGGGAGGAACGCAGUGCUGGUCAAAGCCGUGCAGGCCGUCCGAAUUAUGGAGGUACCAGUGGUAAAGAUAAGAGAUGUGGACACGGGGGCAGACGAGAAAAUGAUGAUAAAAUCUAUUGUCAAUAUGGACAUCAAUGCCCCCUGCAUAAUGACCGACAGCGUCCAGGAGUUCGGGGACGGCGAGAACGCGGACUUCGAGACAGUUUUCGUCUUGUCGCACUUUGAUUCCCCAGACUACACGUACCUCUACAAACAGGACAACCGCAUCGUGGGCCCCCCCGUGGUGAUGCAUUGUGCCGCCAAAGACGAACCUCUGCCUUUUUCGUGCCGCCCGCUCUACUCCACCACGAUGCUCAACCUGUCGCUGUGUUUCACCGGCUUCAGGAACAAGGAGGAAAUGAAAAACUUGGUGAAUCUGGUGCAUCACAUGGGAGGAACUAUCCGGAAGGACUUCAGCACCAAGGUCACCCAUCUGAUUGCCUACUCCACACAUGGGGAGAAGUACAGGCUGGCAGUUUGCAUGGGGACGCCUAUCCUCACACCAAACUGGAUUCUCAAGGCCUGGGAGAGAAGAGAUGACGUGACCUUCCACGCUGGAGACGAGGAGUUCCGGACUGAGUACAAAGUCCCUCCGUUUCAGGACUGUAUUCUGAGUUUUCUGGGUUUCUCAGAUGAAGAAAAGGCCAACAUGGAGGAGCGCACACUGAAACACGGUGGCACCUACCUGGAGGUGGGGAGCGAGCGCUGUACUCACAUGGUGGUGGAGGAGAACUCUGUGAAAGAACUGCCCUUUGCUCCAAACAAAAAGCUAUAUGUCGUCAAGCAAGAGUGGUUCUGGGGCAGUAUACAGAUGGAUGCCCGAGCUGGAGAGUCCAUGUAUCUCUAUGAGAAGAACGACAGCCCCGCCAUGAAGAAGGCAGUGUCUCUCCUCUCCCUCACCACACCCACCAGUAACAGGAAGCGGCGGCGGCUCAAAGACACUCUGGCCCAGCUGACCAAAGAGACGGAGAUCUCGCCCUUCCCUCCUCCCCGAAAGCGGGCAUCUGCAGAGCACUCGCUGUCAAUGGGCUCCCUGCUCGACAUCUCCAACACCCCUGACACCUGCAAGAACCUGGCAGAGAGUUCAAAGCCUUCGAAGAGCUCCACUCCUCUGGUGUCGAAGCAGUCAGCGCGGUGGCAGGUCUCCAAAGAGCUGUACCAGACGGAGAGCAACUACGUGGACAUCCUCAGCACCAUCCUCCAGCUCUUCAAGAUUCCACUGGAAAAGGAGGGGCAAGUAGGAGGGCCCAUCCUGGCACAAGAGGAACUCAAGACCAUAUUUGGUAGCAUCCCGGAUAUAUAUGAAGUUCAUAAGAGGAUAAAGAGUGACUUGGAGGACCUCCUGACAGAUUGGUCGGAGGACAACAGUGUGGGAGAUAUUAUUCUCAAAUAUUCCAAAGACCUGGUGAGGACCUAUCCACCUUUUGUCAACUUCUUUGAAAUGAGCAAAGAAACUAUCGUGCGGUGUGAGAAACAGAAGCCACGUUUCCACGCUUUUCUCAAGAUAAACCAGGCCAAACCAGAGUGUGGCAGACAGACAUUAGUCGAGCUUCUCAUUCGACCUGUGCAGAGGCUGCCCAGUGUUGCUCUGCUCCUGAACGACAUAAAGAAGCACACGUCCGAUGACAACCCUGACAAGAUAACAUUGGAGAAGGCCAUCGAGUCUCUGAAAGAAGUCAUGACACACAUUAACGAGGACAAGAGAAAAACUGAAGGCCAAAAGCAAAUCUUUGAUGUGGUGUAUGAAGUUGACGGGUGCCCUGCCAAUUUGCUGUCCUCGCAUCGCAGUCUGGUCUAUAGGGUUGAGACUAUUGCUCUGGGAGACCAGCCAUGUGACCGCGGGGAAAACGUCACGCUGUUCCUCUUCAAUGACUGCUUGGAGAUCGCACGGAAGCGCCACAAAGUCAUCAAUACGUUCAAGAGUCCUCUGGGACAGACCCGACCCCCGCCUCCGCUAAAGCACAUCGCCCUCAUGCCCCUGUCCCAGAUCAGGAGAGUGCUGGACCUGCAGGACACAGAGGACUGUGUGAGCGCCUUCGCCCUGGUGGUGCGCCCUCCCACAGAACAGGAGAACUUGUUGUUUAGUUUCCAGCUGACCGGGGAGGACACGGUUAAAAGUGCCUGGCUGAGGACGCUCUGCCGCCAAGUCGCCAACACCAUCUGCAAGACUGAUGCGGAGGACCUGAUUCAGAGCACAGAUCCCGACUCUCUCCAGGUCAGCACCAAGGACAUGGACAGCACUCUGAGUAAAGCCUCCCGGGCCAUCAAGAAGACCUCCAAGAAGGUAACGCGAGCUUUCUCAUUCACCAAGACUCCGAAACGCGUGAUCCAGAGAGCUUUUAUGGCCAACAAUACUCCUGAUGAGAAGGGCCAUAGGCUGAGCUGUGAGAACCGCAUCGGCAGCAGCGCCACGCUCGCUGCUCGUCACCAUUCCCCGUCUAUGGUCCAUCUACCUUCUAUGUUCGAGAGGAGGUACCACACAUUUAGCCGAUCCAGCACGCACUUGAUCUGAACCAAUAAAAAACUUGGAGGACUUGACAAACUUAUCCAAAAUGCAACAUAAGGACUACAGAAAACUUCGCUUCUGCACAGGCGAACAACACACUGAAAUAUCGCUGUAUAUGGAGUUGAACUAUGUGCCACACAGGGACGUUUGUACAGGUGGGCCUAUGCGACUGGAAUGGUACGGCAUCAAGUUAUCACGCCCCGUAUGUGUAAAUAUUACUUCUUAUUUUUGAAAAUGAAGGAUAUUUGUUAAAGCACUACGUACAUUUUUUUUAGGUAGACUGUCCGAAAUCACCUUUUCUUCGUAGAGAUGUUGUUUUACCUGGAAUGUUCCACAAAAUGGCAAAAAAAACCUUGUCAGUCUCUAUGGAAGAAGGAGGUGAUUAUAGAGUUAAGUCUGAUGCCACUUCCGGGUCCAUCAGCUGAUUAAAAACAAUGAACAUCUCACUUUAAAGAGAGACUGCAGUCGACUAAAACUAACGAGGUUAUAAGUAUGGAUGUAAACCUAACGCCUAAGGACUGUUACAGAAACAUUGCCAUUUUCCAUAACUCUUAUUUGGGCAAUUCUGAAUUACUGUUAUUGAGGUUCCUUCAAAAAAAGUUCAUCUUUGUCUGGAUGCUAUGGGAACUAAUCUCUGGGUGACUUUUUUGGAACUAGUCAGUAGUUACAGAUCUGUAUUGUUUUGGUAAAAAGGCCACAAACGUUUUGGAAGAUCUGGAGUUGCGUAUGGCCUUUUCACAUUGGCUUUCUCGUUUUUAUGUAGCCUGGUGAGAGAGAGCUCCGUAUAUUAUAACUGACAUUUAUACUUGUUUUAAUGUAGGUCUAGUCUUUAUAUAUUAUUCAUAAUAUGUUUAUUGUGAUUAACCCACUGUCUUAAAGUAGUGUCCAGCUUUUAUAAAGCUCAUAUUUAAAGUGAUGGUCCAAGUAUCUUUAUGGUAGAGGUGAAUAGUUUUACUGUGGCUUUAGUCUGGAGAGUGCAGUAGCCAACUGUGUGUGUGCGCUGUCGUUAGAAACAUAAAAACACAUUUAUGGUAACGCACAGUCAGAUCGUUUUCUAUUUUGUAAUUGUGAAAUAAAUCUGUCAAUACAUAUAUACUGUACAUUCAAAAUGGUCACUGCUGUAUUUGUGCAAUGCAACUUUUGUCUGUCAGACCUUAAACUCCUGUGUGUGUAACAUCACUGUAGGGCAGUAUUUAAAGGUAAUGUUACUGGUCAGAUCUGUGGGGAGGCAAGCAUCCGCACUGAAUUUUUUUUUAAUCAAACACGAAA